AUUAUGAGAAAGAUAUCUUAUAGUUUCACAUAAUUGAUGAAAUUGCAUUUACAUGACUAUCAUGUAAAUCUCAAAGCAAAAAUGGUUCCAUUUGCUGGAUAUGAAAUGCCUGUUCAAUAUCCAUAGGGUGUUUUGAAAGAGCAUUUAUAUUGUAGAGAAUCAUGUGGAUUAUUUGAUGUAUCACACAUGGGAUAAGUUAAAGUUUUUGGAGAAGAUAGAAUGAAAUUUGUAGAAACUCUAACAACAGGAGAAUUCUAAAGUAUAUAUUAUAGUAAUGAAUCAAUUAAUUAGCAAAGAAAUCAGGACAGAGUGUUUUAUGUUUGAUAUUAAAUGAGAAGGCAGGUAUUAUAGAUGACACAAUAGUUGCUAAAAGAGAUGAUCAUAUGUAUUAAGUUAUAUUCAAUUAAAAAGUCACAUUGUUGUUAAUGCUGGCAAUAAGUUUAUUGAUAUGAAACAAAUGGAUAAAAUCAUUAAGGAUUAUAACUACAAAGUCUAAUAUGAGUAUCUUUAAGAUAAACCAUUGAUAGCUGUUUAAGGUAUUUAUAUAUAUAUAUGAAUCUAUUUUUAGGACCAAAUGCUCACAAAGUUUUGAAUGAAAUUUUUGGAACAGAAUACAAUUUAGACAAGAUACCAUUUAUGUUUAUGGUCAAUAUCUAAAAGAAUGGAAUAGAUUAUCAAAUCAAUAGAUGUGGAUAUACAGGUGAAGAUGGUUAUGAAAUAUCUGUUGAAAAUUCUAAAGCAUAAGAAUUAUGUGAUAAGUUAUUGGCAACAAAAAUGGCUUAAUUUUGUGGUUUAGGAGCAAGAGACUCAUUACGUCUAGAAGCUGGAUUGUGUUUGCAUGGCCAUGAAAUGGAUGACACCAUUUCCCCUUAUGAAGCAAAAUUAAUGUGGACUGUUCGUAAACCAAAUGUAUAAUAUAUUCAUUUAUCAAUAAAGAAAGAGACUGGAAAAUAUAAUGAAUCUGCUGCCUUUAUUGGUAGAGAUGCCUUACCAUAAAGACAAAAAGAUGCAAAAUUCAAAAGAAUGGGUUUUAUUACUUAAUCAGGAAUUGCAAGACCUCCUUGCGAUAUUGAAUUUUAAGGUCAAAAGAUUGGCUCUGUUACAAGUGGAACAUAUUCACCUAAUCUUAAAAAAGGGUUAGGUUUUGCUUUCAUUAAUAAUGAAUAUGCUAAAGAUGGAACCUAAUUAUAAGCUGAUAUAAGAGGAUCUAAAGUAAAUAUAACUUUGAGUCCAACUCCAUUUGUACCAUAGAGAUAUUAUAAACCAGAGAAAAAGUGAU